AUGGGAUUUUGGUCGUUGUUGGAGGUGGCUUCUAUGCCAGUGAUUCAAGUUCUCAUCAUAAGCCUUAUUGGAGCUUUCUUAGCCACUGAUCGAUGCAAACUCUUCCCUGUCGAAUCCCGCAACUCCAUGAACAAGGUGGUGUAUGUAUUAUUUGGACCAGCUCUCAUGUUUGCAAAUUUGGCUCAGACCGUCACACUCCAGGACAUCAUCUCAUGGUGGUUUAUGCCGGUGAAUAUGGGACUUACAUUCUUAAUCGGAGGAAUUCUUGGGUGGAUGGUUGUUAAAAUUCUGAAACCACCUCCUUAUCUUGAAGGUCUUACUGUUGCAACUUGUUCUUCAGGAAAUAUGGGGAACCUACCAAUCAUACUUGUUCCAGCAAUCUGCGACGAGGACAAGAGUCCAUUUGGUAACCGUAGUGUAUGCAGAACCGUAGGCCUCUCUUACGCAUCUUUCUCAAUGGCGCUUGGUGGUUUCUACAUAUGGACUUACACAUUUCGGCUUAUUAAAGGGUCAGCAAUGAAAAUCAGAGAAAUAGAGGAAUCUGAGAAAGCAGCAAUUAGAUCAUCCAAUAGUGACUUAGAGGCUGAUCAAACGACAAAACUCCUCGGUGCAACUGAAGACAAGAAGAAUGUACUGGCAGUAAAGGAAAAGACAGGGUUUUGGAGAAAAGGUCUAGAGUUGGUGCAUGAGAUACUUGAGGAGCUUCUUGCUCCACCAACAGUUGGUGCAAUUAUCGGUUUCAUCUUCGGUGCAGUUGGAUGGCUUAGAAAUCUUAUCAUAGGUGAUGAUGCUCCUUUACGAAUAGUCCAAGCCACUGCAAAACUUCUUGGAGAUGGGACCAUUCCUUGUAUGACGAUUAUACUAGGAGGAAACCUCAUUCAAGGUUUACGUUCUUCAGCAGUCAAACCAGUGGUUGUACUUGGAAUAGUCUGUGUUCGGUACAUCAUUCUCCCAAUUAUCGGCAUUGGCAUUGUGAAAACAGCUGCGAGUUUCGGACUUCUUCCACCGGAUCCUUUGUUUCAGUAUGUUUUGAUGCUUCAGUUCACUCUCCCACCUGCCAUGAAUAUUGGUACCAUGACGCAGCUGUACAAUGUCGGGCAAGACGAAUGCUCAGUGCUCAUGCUUUGGACAUACUUGAUUGCGAUUCUGGCCUUGACUGUUUGGUCCACAAUCUUCCUUCACUUGUUAGUCUAG